AUGUGUGGAACAGAGAAGGAGCUAUCUUACCGGAAGGCCUACGAAAUAUCGACUGGAAUAUGCAGUUCCUCUACAUUCAUAACCAGACGUAUAUCGAAACAAUUAGGAAGCACACAAUGUGGACCUCUGAAAGGUAUCAAUAUCAUAGCCCAUAUUCCUCCGAAAGUUCACAAUGACACGACUGAUUUACAGCCUGCUACCAGAUAUCUGAUGUUGACAGCUCGUAUGGAUGGAUUCGGACUGAUUCCUGAAAUAUCACCUGGAGAAAUCAGCGUGGUCACGUCUGUAAUAGCUCUUCUUGCAGUUAUUCAAAUCAUAGGCGAGAAUUUUGCCCUUUUCGAAGAGGCUGCACUAGCUUCGAAUAGGCAUCUGCUCAUCGCUUUUUUUGACGGAGAGGCUUUUGACUACAUCGGCAGUAGCAAAGUGGCAUACGAUAUGAUGAAUGGCGUUUUUCCACGAGUCGUUAGGAAUAACUUGAAUGAACGCCUCGAAACAAUUUUUCUCUCGCAACUAGAUGGCAUAAUUGAAGUGCAACAACUGGGAAGCGGUGAUGGUCAACGACUGUACGCUCACAGUGAUGGCAGUCAAGUUGUUAAUGGGCAGGUACUCGGACUAUUGACCUCGAUGCAGGCUGGGGUAACAGCAGCAGGUGGAAUAUUUGUAUCUCCUACCAAAUAUUCUGAAAUGCCUCCAUCAAGCUGGAACUCGUUUGCGAAAAUCAACUCUUCUAUUCCGGGUUUAGUCUUGGCUCCAUUCCAUAUCGAAUACAAGUACCUGCGUUUCAACUCGAUGCUCGAUAGAGCACAGUGGAAUUCCACACAGCGGUCAGCAGCGGUUUCUGAAAUAGUUAUGGCAGCUAGCGCUCUGUUACGCGCAGCAGCUGAUCAUGUAGUUUUGGAUGCCGAUGCCAAAUCGAAACUACAAAUCGAUGGGGAUUUCGUGUCUACGCUUAUCAACUGCUUCAUUGAUUCUCCUGAUUGGUUUUCUUGCGAUUAUCUCAAUCGAAUCACUGGAAGAAAUCAUGGUGACCAAGACGCCUACAAUGGAAAAUCCACCUACGUGAAAGUGGGGGAGAAGGAGCGUCUUCGAUUUCAUGUCCAGACAUUGACUAUGUACCUUACUGGAACAAUAGCACACAAUCAUAGCGAGAAGAAAGGAGUGAGGGCAUGUAGACAGUCUGGUAGGGGUCAAAAUGUGAGUUCCGGAAUCGCUUCGGUGGAUUCCUUCACUUCCGAGUGUUUGUGUAGAAGUCAUGAUAACGCAACAUGGGCAACUACCACUGGAAAGUCAGUUGCGAGAAGUUAUUCUUCUUCUUGUCUAUACUGA